UACACACACACGCACACAAAAGUAUUAAAGAGUAACAUAGGCCUAUAGCUUCCACAAUAAUGAAUGUGUACAGACUGCAUGAAGGGAAUACAAGUGAAAGCAACAACUACGCUCAUGGUCUUAGGUUAAAAUCUAAAAUUCGAGCAGUUCAGAAGUGACCAAUUCACCGGAAAUCUCAGAAGGAUGUAAUUUGAUUUUCAUUUCUAUCACAGAUUUUGCAAUCGAUGCAUUUCGGUAACGCUGGAAGUUGGAUGUUCGUGCAAUACAUGCAGAUGACUAUUGAAAACUGAGACGGUUUGUGAUAGUCGAAGGUUUCUAUAUGUGAGGAAUCCGGAUUGUGCAAGAACCGGAAAAUCAAAUAUAUUUGAAAUAUGAAUCUGUUGCAUCAAGUCAAUACUAUCCAAACGUUUUCUGAAUGAUUCCCACACCGUUAACCUCGAAUCUACUAUCUUGUAAGGAGGUCUGAAAUAAGCCGGAAUAUAACGUGACCGGUAAGGUGCAUGGUUAGUAUGGUUCCUGCUUAGAGAAACUCCUUCUAAUGCAAACGUUAUACUAGGUGAAGUGAUAAAGUAACCAUGCAAACGUACAUUAGACCGAAAAGAUCCUUUGUAGCUGGUACCAUAUUUGGAAGUUUUGUAUUUGGUAUGUGUUAUUGCAUUUCCAGCUAUGCCUCACCUUUCAUGGAGGGUUCAAUAACCCAGGCAACAGCGGAAAUCAUCGAGCAAGACACGCUGCACGGCAGCCAUCUUGAAAGUGAGCGCGAUGGUUCUAAUUCUGCAGGCGUAGGGACGAACUUUCCUGAUAUAGACCUGACUACGAUGCAAUGUCCGACGAAGGACUCCGCGGUAGAUCCUAGCAUCCUUGCCCAGUUAGACUGUAAGAAGCGGCUUCCUCACGUCAUCGGGAUCGGGAUGGAGAAAUGCGGGACCGGAGCCCUGUCGUUCUUCCUGGCCAGCCACCCUUCUCUCGUCCAUUCUGUUCCCCCAGAGAUUUACUAUUGGAACAGGAAUAAAGAGAAGAGCCUCGAGUGGUACCGAGACCAGAUGCCAAUCUCCUCCAAACACCAGGUAACAAUGGAGAAAACGCCGUCGUACAUCUUUGAAAAAGACACGCCGGCGAGGAUCAAAGCGCUGAUGCCCGAGACCAAAUUCAUCGUCAUGAUCCGGGAUCCGAUUGUCCGAGCUGUGUCCGAUUACCUCCAUCUACAACUUGUCGCACAUCCGGCGUUCUUUAAACCGCGGAUAGUUCAACCAGGCAAUGAACCGAAGACUUACCUCAAUACAACCUUUGAAGGAUCCGUAAUUAAACCGAAUGGUGAAGUCAACACGGAUAAUUCUAUCCUUUCGCACAGUGCAUACGUGCUAUAUCUAAAGAAAUGGAUUGAGCUUUUUCCUCGACAUCAGUUCCUCGCCAUAGACGGCGAUGAAUUUGUUAAGAAUCCUUUACCAGUCUUACAUCAGGUCGAGUCUUUCUUAGGUAUUCCUAACUACUUCAAUGAAAAGAUCGUCUACUUUGACGAACAGAAAGGCUUCUUCUGCAUGUCGAAACGGCGCGGUUCGGGUACCGUCUGCCGUGGAGAUAACAAAGGGAGACAUCAUCCAAACGUUGACGAGGACGUCAUCAGGAGACUGAGAAGUUACUUCCGGCCCUACAAUACUCAACUGGAAAUUAUGUUGGGCCAGCACUUCACAUGGAGUUAGAGGGCAGUCCAACCUUGGUGGCAAGUUGAGAAGCAAGGAGGAACAUCGUAGAGACGGGUUGGUGAAAGCUAAACGAAGAUCUAUUUGAUUUGUUUUCAUAUAUUUGAUUUUUAAGUUUAUUAUUCUGCAUUUCAUAUUAAUAAUAACAUUUUUAAAAAUCGGCAACAUCACAGACAUAAAACACUUAAAAGUACUUUCUGACAAUUAAUUAAGAAUAAUUAUUUAUUAAUUUCUAAAAUAUAACAGAUAAAUGGUCAAAUUGUCAUAUUUUAUCACACUUUAUCAACAAUGAUAUAAAACAAAAUAUAUAACUAUUUGACAGUUAUGAUCAUUAAAUCUAAUAUGAAAUCUGUGUAAAUCUCAAAUUGGCAAUUCCUUGCAGGCCCGUAACCAGAGUUUUCAAUUAGGGGGUUCGUUUUUAAACGGCUAGGGGUCCAGGAGCAACGCUCCGUCGGGAGUUUAGGGGUGAAGCCCCUGAGUUUCAUGCUUCUUAAGACCCCAAAACGCCCUAUUUUGCAUAUUUUUUCCUUCGACGUUUCAUUAAAUUAUUAGAGAAAGAA